AGCCGGCUGAGGGUGAUGUCACCGCCGGAGCUCGAGGGCACAUACGGCUGUGCCAGCACCGACUUCGGUUUCCCGCGGCACGGUGGCUCCAUGACCGGCGUGGUCGUCUACCCAAGGCGCAACACGAUGGCCUGCACGAGCUUCGAUGACUUUGGCAUCUCUCUCCGUUCUCGCCCAGCCGGCGCGCUUCCUGUUAUCUUGCUCGUCGACAGGGGAGAAUGUUACUUCACAACCAAGGUGAGGAAUGGGCAGAAAGCAGGAGCAGCAGCAGUUCUUCUUGUUGAUCAAAUAACUCAACCAUUAUUUACAGUCGACAAAUCAGAAAGCAGCCAGGCAACAAAUGAUUUACAGGAUGUCACCAUUCCUUCAGCACUUAUAACCAGAAGCCUUGGGAACAGUCUCAAGAAAGCAAUUGAUAAUGGCGAUUUGGUUAAUGUAAACUUCAACUGGGGGGAGUCCCGAUUGUACCCUGAUGAGCGUGCUGAGUAUGAAUUCUGGACAAACAGUAAUGAUGAAUGUGGUCCAAAAUGCGAUAGCCAGGUUGAUUUCCUAAAGAGAUUUAAAGGUGUAGCCCAGACACUUGAGAAGAAGGGCUACACGCAGUUCACUCCUCAUUACAUUACUUGGCAUUGCCCAGAGAGUUACCAAAAUAGCAAAAUGUGCAGGUCCCAAUGUAUCAACUAUGGGAGAUAUUGUGCACCAGACCCGGAACAACAUAGGUAUGAUGGGUGCGAUGUAGUGGUUCAGAAAUUACAUCAACUUUGUGUGUUCAAAGUUGCAAAGAGGACUGGGAAGCCUUGGUUAUGGUGGGACUAUGUGACUCAUUUUGCUAUUAGGUGCUCAAUGAAGGAAAUGAACUACAGUAAAAGAUGUGCUGACAGAGUAAUCGAAUCACUUGGCCUUAAUCAAAAAGAGGUUGACAUGUGUGUUGGUGAUCCUUCCGCGGACGAGGAAAAUCCUGCGCUAAAAGCUGAACAAGACACACAGAUUGGCAAGGGUUCUCAUAGUGAUAUUACUAUGUUACCAACACUUGUAAUCAACAAUAGACAAUACAGAGGGAAACUUGAAAAAGGAGCAGUUCUUAGAGCUCUCUGCGCCAGCUUCAAAGAAAAUAAUAAACCAUCUGUUUGCUCAAAUGAAGACAUACAAACCAAUCAAUGCUUGGAUAACAAUGGCGGUUGUUGGCAAGAUAUGGCUGCUAACGUGACUGCGUGCAAGGACACCUCCACUGGAACAGUUUGUGAAUGUCCAGUUUUGCAAGGUGUGAAGUACAUUGGUGAUGGUUACAACGACUGCAAAGAAGAUGCUCAUUUCUCUGUGGCAAACAUAGGUAGUACUAGAGGUAUUACAGUGAUGGAGUUGACACACAAUAGUACUUACAGGCUUUGUAGAACAAUUUUGAUUGGUCACAACAUAGAAAAUCCUGAGGAAUAUUUGCGGCACAUAAGGUGUUCUAAUAGGAUCUGCAAGUUAUGUGAAGAACAUGGCAUGAAGGUGGUUUCUGUCACAAGUUUGGUGCUUGCUCUUGCUAUUGUGUAA